AGAACGAUGAGAAACUCGAGGAGGGAGGCUCUGCUGGCCCUUCUGCUGAGCACUGACUGAACUGCGUUGCUCAGAAUUCAGACUACUUCAGCCUAGCCCCAGUCCCAGAUCAUCAACCGGGAGAAAUAAGGCUGUUCAGCCGCGUGGCACGCCCGGAUCACCCGUGACAUGACCCGGAAUCGAACCCCCAGGCGCCGCUAGCCCGACUGGAUCCACCCCCCCCACCCUCAUGGCGCCCCAUAUGGGUCUACUCGACCUUUUGGCCACCGUGGCCAGUCAAACGCUCGAGAGCGAUCGAAGUCUGCGUCCGGAUAUCCCGACCCCGCCCAGCCACCCGGACCCACUUGAUCCGCCCCGCCCCCUCCAUGUCAAUGCUGGCCGUUUAUCCGAUGUGGACUUCUUUGAUAUCCCGGCCUUAGAAAAACUGAGCGCCGCGUCCCUUUUAAAGCUCUUUAGCCACGUUUUUGACCCUGCUGAGCCCGACUUCGCCGAUCAAAGUGCGGAUUAAUUUGCGGAAGACAAUGCGGGCCAGAAACCGCCGGAGUUCCGCUUUUGCUGCGCCUUUGACCCGAUUGCCUGCGGCUUUGAGACCGUCAGUCCCGGCCAGCCCACACCGGCCAAAAACCGCAUGAAGGCCCAUUUACAAACUCACGUGCAGGCCUUGGCCCAGCGGGCCGCCCUAGGCACCACUGUGCGCAUCGAAUCCACGUUUGCCCGUCAACGUCGGUGGGCGGCCGAGACCCGCCUCCGGAACUUGGAUCCCCCGGCGCCCACCUGCCUGUCACCCGAUAGACAGCCAGAGUUCGGUGACCGACCCACGGGCCUGCGGAGCUUGAUCUUGGAUCAUCCGUAUUCCUACCUAACCGACCGAUUAUUCCAAGUCAAGCGGGAGAUUGAGGCCGAACGCUAUAAUCGACCCAUCGUCCAUCGCCAGCUUGGUUCGAAUGACAGGGGGCUGAAUGCCGACCCGUCCAUGGAAGUGGAUGUGGCCUCGGUCAUGGCGCCCAUUGAUCAUCGACCCCUGAAUGAGCCCGAUCCAAUGCGCUGGCCGACCACCGAUUGUCGAGGUUUCGUACUCCCCGACGUGGGUUGGGAUGUCCAAGGCCAGGGAUUUGAAGCUGGCGGCCCUUUACCUUUAGUGGGGCGAUGCGAGGAACAUCCCGAAGUUUCGCUCGCCAACCCGACCGAAUUGCCGGUCUGGACACCCGCCUCAGCAUUACUAUCUGAGCCUCUACCGAUGAGUCAGACGGGUUCGACCGGUGAACGUCUCGAUGAAGACGUUGAGAAGCAGCUCGCCUUUAAAGCCAUUGAACACCUGCAGAGUUUAGGUAGCGCUCAGACCGAAUAUUGGUGCACGAUAUGCGUGCCCCAUCGACGGUAUACUUCUUAUUCCACCGUUUUGGGUCAUUUCCGUAGUCACUCGGGCUUUCGCCCUUUCGAAUGUCCCGUUUGCCACGAUUUCUUCACCCGGCAGCAUAGCUUGAACUAUCACAUGCUCAUCCACAACAACGAGACUCGAUUCACAUGCGACGAUUGCGGCAAAAAGUUCCGCCAUCCCAGUCAUUUCAAGGUGCACAAGCGGAAACACACCGGCGAAUCCCCUUACCAUUGCGUCAGUUGCCAAUCCCGGUUCAAGACACGGAACACUUACAAAAGACAUCUCAAGCUCACGCACCAUCUGAUCCUAACCAAAACGGGCAUUCAACCGAUCAUUUCCAAAGACCCACGACAUGAGCAGAAAGUUCCCGAGCAGCCGCCACAAUCCUGUUCGCUCGUAUCCAUGGAUUUCAUUCAUGACCACGAUUCACUUCACGGCAACGACGAGGAAGUCGCCGAACUGAGUCGAGAGUUGGAGAAGCAGGAUGAGAUCCUCAACCAGAAGCGUAUCGUCCAAAUCGGAUCAGCUUCCAGUGACGAGGGAUCGUAUUAUCCCUCGACUGAGAGCGAAUUCAGCAGCCCGGAUCAAGACCUCGUUGUGAAUGCUGCCGACAGCCUCCUAAAUGCAAAAGAAGACUUCAUGGGUUUGCCGCAAUUCGACUCGUCUCCGCCUCCGGGUCUGGCGGCAUUGGCCGUCAAAUUCGCGCCCAAUGAUUCUCGUCAGCCAAUUGUCCCUUCGUCCCCGCUGCAAAGUCACGGGAAGUCACCUAAUCUUUUGGAAUCGGAUCGUCACCGAAGUGCUUUCAAUCGGUUUCAGGACGAAAAGAAGUUCAAAAUUCAUGAUGAAGAGGACGACGACAAUGCGGUGAUUCGACGGCCCGUAGUGUUGAUCAACCCCCGGUCCUCUACAUUGAAACCACUCGCCAAGGCCAUUUUAGCCAACAUCAACGGGCAACAAGUGUACCUCAUUCCUCAAGAAACCAAGAAUCCAUCAGUGCCACAACAACCAAUAACAGUAGCAUCCUCGUUGUCUUCUUCUUCUUCUUCUUCUUCGUCCAUGGUGGGAACGAGUAAACUCGAGCAAUGUCUGCGAUAUGGCUCGGCCGCUAUUCAGCAAACCUCGUCCAAGCAGCUCAUCGGGAGCUCUUACACUAUGAUUCCGCCCCGAAUUUCUUCGGACGGAGGCGCGUCGAGAGCUCGAAGCGGUAAUCGAAGAAUCGUUAGCCACGUCAAGCUGGUCCAACCAUCCGAAUCAUCUGGUGCAAACGCAAACCUCGUCAUUGGAAAAGGCGGGCCCAUCGUAGUCACCAACAUAUCAAACCCGACCCAAGUUCAAGGAUAGUAAGGGCAGGGAUAUUUCAAGAUAAAACUAAAUUGAUAUUUUAUGUUCAAUGUGACUAUCCACAAUCUAUGCCAGAAAGGAAAUUCCUAAUCAAAAAUUCUGAAAAAGUGGGAGAUGUUAGGUCCUUGGGAGAUUGUUUUCGAGUUCCCAGCCCAAAAACUGAUCCUCUAUAUAUCAUAUUUUUAUGAACAAUUGCGAACGUAUCAAUACUAGAAAAUAUACUGGGCAUUCAAAAUUA